GAGCUCGGGCGGGAGCCCGGAGAGCGCCGAGCGGGUCCUCAAGCCAAACCCGGGCGUCCCACCACCUCUGCCCGGGGCCCGCCCCGCCCCGGCCCCGCCCCUUUCCGGCCCGCCCCACCCCCUCUACGCCCCUCCACCCGGACCCCGCCCCCCGGGCAGCCCCCCGCCCUCGCCGCGCGGGCCCCGCCCCCUCCCCUGGCCCUCGCCGCUGGUCCAGGGAGGGGACGGCGGGACCGGCGGGACCGGCGGGAGGGCGGACCGGGCGGGGAUAUGGCCGCGGCGCCCGGAGGGUCAGCGCCGCCCGCCGGCCCUAGCCCGCGCCUGGGUUUCAGCACCGCGGACAGCGGCAUCGGCAUGAGCGGGCUGAACCCGGGUCCCGCCGUGCCCAUGAAGGACCACGACGCCAUCAAGCUCUUCGUGGGGCAGAUCCCGCGGGGCUUGGACGAGCAGGACCUCAAGCCGCUGUUCGAGGAGUUCGGCCGCAUCUACGAGCUGACGGUGCUGAAGGACCGGCUCACCGGCCUCCACAAAGGCUGUGCCUUCCUCACCUACUGCGCCCGGGACUCUGCUCUCAAGGCCCAGAGUGCACUACACGAGCAGAAGACCCUGCCAGGGAUGAAUCGUCCGAUCCAAGUGAAGCCGGCUGCCAGUGAGGGCCGAGGAGAGGACCGAAAGCUGUUUGUGGGGAUGCUGGGCAAACAGCAGGGCGAGGAGGACGUCAGACGCCUGUUCCAGCCUUUUGGCCAUAUCGAGGAGUGCACUGUCCUGCGGAGCCCAGAUGGCACCAGUAAAGGCUGUGCCUUUGUGAAGUUCGGGAGUCAAGGAGAAGCUCAGGCGGCCAUCCAGGGUCUGCACGGCAGCCGGACCAUGGCGGGCGCCUCGUCCAGCCUUGUGGUCAAGCUGGCGGACACGGACCGGGAGCGCGCGCUGCGGCGCAUGCAGCAGAUGGCCGGCCAGCUGGGCGCCUUCCACCCCGCGCCACUGCCGCUCGGGGCCUGCGGCGCCUACACCACUGCGAUCUUGCAGCACCAGGCGGCCCUGCUGGCGGCGGCGCAGGGCCCGGGCCUAGGUCCGGUGGCAGCAGUGGCGGCCCAGAUGCAGCACGUGGCGGCCUUCAGCCUGGUGGCCGCGCCUCUGUUGCCCGCAGCAGCAGCCAACUCCCCGGCCGGCGGCGGCCCUGGCACGCUCCCAGGUCUCCCGGCGCCCAUCGGGGUCAAUGGAUUCGGGCCCCUGACCCCGCAGGCCAACGGGCAGCCGGGCUCUGACACGCUCUACAAUAACGGGCUCUCCCCUUACCCAGCCCAGAGCCCCGGCGUGGCUGACCCCCUGCAGCAGGCCUACGCUGGGAUGCAUCACUACGCAGCAGCCUAUCCGUCGGCCUAUGCCCCCGUGAGCACAGCUUUUUCCCAGCAGCCUUCAGCCCUGCCCCAGCAGCAAAGAGAAGGCCCGGAAGGCUGUAACCUCUUCAUCUAUCACCUGCCUCAGGAGUUUGGUGAUGCGGAACUCAUACAAACAUUCCUGCCCUUCGGAGCUGUUGUCUCUGCCAAAGUCUUCGUGGAUCGAGCCACCAACCAGAGCAAGUGUUUUGGGUUUGUUAGUUUUGACAAUCCAACCAGUGCCCAGACUGCUAUUCAGGCCAUGAAUGGCUUUCAAAUUGGCAUGAAGAGGCUCAAGGUCCAGCUAAAGCGGCCCAAGGAUGCCAACCGGCCUUACUGAUCUGCUCUCACUGACCAGCCACAGAGAGAAACGGAAGAGUGAGAAGAAAGGAAAGGAAAAGCACAGAAACGCUUGAGCAGCCCUUCCCGAAGGAGCAGCUGCAGACGGAGGUGGAUCGGACCGAGGCUGGUGCCUGGGGCUCAGGCCACUGUUAAGGAUUGUUUUUAUCCCGUGGGCUGUUCUGUGCCUGCAGCACAGAGCUCAGGCUGGCAGGGCUCGAGGGCUGGCUGAGGACUGACUAUCUAGGGGAACCAGCAGAGGGCGUUGGGGGUGCCAAGGGCUUCUCCAGAAGGGAGGCCCAGAUUUACUUCUUUCAAAAUCAUAUCAUUCCUUAGAGUUUAGGGACCAAAGGACUAUCGCUUUUUUAAGAAUAUAUAUAUAUAUCUAUAUAAAUUAAAACAAAGAAACAAAAAUCAAACAAAAAAAAACCCAAGAAAAACAAAAAAGACAGUAUAGAGUCUCAUAAAAGCUGCCUUUAAAUAUCCCUAGGAGACAGGGUGAAAGAGACCCUUGCUAGCCCCAGCCUAGGCAGAGGGAGGCUGUGGAAAGAUUGUUCUGUGUCUCAUUCCCUCUUAAACCAUUUCCCCUCCUUGCCCUUUUAAAAAUAAUGAAGAACUUGAGGUCUAGGCUCACAUGCAGGUAACGAGAGAGUUAUGGAAGCAGUGAACCCGCAAUCCACAAUCCCCAAACUCAGAGAGCAUCCCUGAAGAGACCCCAGGAGGAGCUCAGGUCUGCCUUGGCUUUUGCCAUCCUGAGAAGCCCCCCAGCCAGCAGGAGUGGGAGCCUCCCUUUCCUUCUCGACAGCCUUUCUUGUGAAACCACUGCUUGUCCAGCCAGGAAGAAAGAGGGAGUUUUGGCCACCCGAGCCUCUCCCCUCCCAGUCCGGAUAGACAGAGGCCCUGCCUUUGGCUGAGCCGAGACACCUCCUGUUUCCCCUCCCCUUGAGCCAGCCCCAGUGUCCCCUUGCUCCAGGCCACCUUCUGUCUCUUAGUCUAAGUUUGCCCACCUGUAAAGUAGAUUCAGGGUAUAUGUAGAGGGCUGUGACAACAGACUUGGGAGGUUUGCUACUGUAUAUACUGCCAUUGAGAAGGGGAUCAUUUUCAAUAUGUAGAGGCUUCAGAAUUAGAGGUCCCCUUUUACCCCGGACCUGGGAGGGAAGUAGAUGUUUUGCCAAAAUACUUCUUCAUUCCUUUAAAAAGUACAUCUUUCCUAUGCAAGAGUGUCUCACAUGUGCUUAUCCAAGGUGCUUCUAGUUGGUGAGCAGUGUUCAGCUUAGAAGUGGUGUGUGCUCUGUCUGUCUGUCUUUGUCUGUCUGUUGUAUACAGUGGGUGCCAUAUAAAGCUGAUCAAUGGUGGUG